AAAGACCUGGCUACACGGAGGGAGCAUUUCGGGCGUGGUUUCCGGGGGGCUGUUGGCCGUACGUAGUGGUUUAAUCAGCCGGCCGGUACUGCGCGCGUGAAAUGGAAACCGCGCGCUCCGGCCCGAGGCUGAUCGCCACAGCCAAAAACGGCCCCCAUCAAAAGCCGAGCUCUCGCGUCCUGCUUCCCGGCCGGUUAAAUUCCUACUACCCUCUUAUCCAGUGCCCCCUCUCCCUUGCUCGCGAGCUCUACCCGCUGCAUCGCUUCCCAGCUGAACCACCGCUCGAUCAAUGCCGGCCGCGGAGGUGCAAUCGCCGUGGGCGUCGGCGGGCAGGCGGCCGCACUUCUUCAAGGUGCUUAUCGGCGACUACGAGAAGCGCAUGAAAAUCCCACCAAACUUCUGCAAGCACAUCCCCUGGGAGGCGUCGAGAAAGGCCAAGGGCCUGAAGGAGGCGUCCAUGGCGGCCACCGUGGAGGGCCCCGGCGGCCGGACGUGGCGGGUCGUCAUCCGCCGGACAGCCGAGGGCACCUUCUUCACCUCGGGGUGGCCCCAGUUCGUGCAGGACCAGGCGCUGCGGGCGCUGGAAUUCCUCGUCUUCCGGCACGACGGCGGCACGCGCUUCGCCGCGAUGGUGUUCGACAAGUCGGCGUGCGAGCGGGAGGACCUGCUGCUCGCCGGCGAGGGCCGGCCGAGCAAGAAACGGGGCCGGCCGAAGAAGGCCUCGCGGGCCAGGGAUGAUUCGGGUGGCAGGGAGCUGGUCCCGUACAGUGCGCCUAGCGGCCAGCACCCGCGAGUCCAGUGCUCCAAUUGGACGCCGGAACUCGACCAAUCAACUGGAUCAGCAGGGCAGUGCAACACGGUGAAGACCGAAGCUGAUGCCAACGGGCUCCCGCUGUGCUUGAUCGCCACGCCACCGUCGCCGCAGCUGUCGCCGGCUCCGGCCAAGAUCAACAACGGGUGCGCGGUGAAAACGCGGAGCAUCCAGGAUGACCUCGCCGCCGCCGACAUCCCCCCGUCGGUCCGGCGCUACAACGGGUACGUCUCCCGGCGGCGCCCCGUCGCGAGCGCCGAGCGGCAGCGCGCCAUGGAGCUCGCCAACGCGUUCCGGUCGCCGCUCCCGUUCUGCGUCAUCCGCAUGAGCACCAUGCACGUCUACUACUCCUUCAUGAUGAGGUUCCCGACGGGGUUCUCGCGGCAGCACCUGCCGCGGGAGAGGACGGAGGUGACGCUCCGGGACCCCGACGGCAAGGCGUGGUCGGCGCUCUACAUCCCCAACACGAGGGACCGGCUGUCGCGCGGCUGGUGCGCGUUCGCGCGCGGCAACUGCCUCGAGGAAGGGGACUGCUGCGUCUUCGAGCUCGCCGGCGCCGCCGAGUUCCGCGUCCACAUAUUCCGGGUGGUCGAGCCGGCCGUGCCGGCGGUCAGGCUCCGAAUAGCUUGACCUCAGCUGUACCUACCUUCUACCUAGCUCGCGCAUCAGAGGUCAGGUCGGAGAGGCACACUGAAUGAAUGGAAUUUCGUAGGAGUUCCGGCGAUUGCCGGUUUCAAAUAAGCAAGCCCAAGCUCCCGUACGGGGAAAUUACUGUCCCAAUGCACAAAUUGGUAGUACGAGUAGUAGCAUCGGAAAUAAAUGAGUAAACUGCUAGUAGUAUAACCCUCGCGCACAAGAAACCAGAAACUUCUGUUUAACCUUCUCGUGGACAACGCGGGAAAGUACUCGCAGAGAACGUGGAAAUUGUGGAAGUCGACGUCGCUUGUGGCAAAACCGUGCAAGAAGUUGAGAAAUCGAGUCCGUUCAGAAAAAAAUACAGAGAAAUCGAGGAUGAUUUGGAUAGAUUCGGUCAGUGCCAGUCCUUGCUCUGUACAAGUACUUGUCAACCCUACCGAUCACCCAAACGCCGUGCACUCGCCGCAGGGCGAACUGCGCUUCCCCGAAAGUCGAUCUCGAUCAGGAACCCCGGCUGCAUGUUGUUGGCUCUUGCCUUACCCGAAAAGGCAUUUUCCAUUUUGUUUUCUUUCUUUUUUUGAUACACGUAUGCGGGUGGGUAUUUCCUUCACCGUCGAUUUAUUUCUCGAGAUUUCUGCUCACCACAAUAGAUGAAAAAGUAGUUCUUCUUUUUUAUCGAAUCUCAAAAUAAAAUGAACGGUGACAGAAACACUCACACCCAUACAUGUAAGUACAAAUAUAUUUACGUUUCUUAUAGAAAAUAGGGACUUUUUUGUGGCCUUUCCAUCAAACGGAUGCACGAAAUUUCCAUCGAAUAUGGACACAUAUCUCAAAGCUCAUGCAUAGGUGGGGAAUUUGCAUUUUCAAUAG